AUGCGAUUUGCACCCAAAGAGCCCAUUCAACUCGAUCCUCCCAAGGACACUCCCAUCACCCUCGCCGAGCUGUCGCUCAAGGACGGCGUCAAGUCCGAGCAGCUGUGGGUUGGAAUCAAGGGCGAUGUUUUCGAUGUCACUCGAAACUCCAAGGCGUAUGGCCCAGGCACCAAUUACCACGUCUUUUGCGGCAAGGACGCUUCCAAGGCGCUGGGAAAGAGCUCAUUGGAGGAGGAGGACUUUGCUCCUGCUGGUGAGAUCAUUUCAUGGCAGGAGUUGACUGCCGAUCUGUCUGAGAAGGAUCUCAAGACUCUGGAGGAAUGGUACAGUUAUUUCUCUCAGCGGUACAACAUUGUUGGAAAGAUUGAUUUGCAGAACUAA